GGAGCUGGGGAAAGUCCUGCGCCCUGGCUGAGCCGGUUACCGUGGGAACUGCCGUCGGGCGGAAGUGGUGCUGCGCCGGCUACUCCUCCACCGCUGGGGGAGCUGCAUGGGAAGCCACUUCCUGCGCUAUCUGUGUCCUUUGCUGCUUCCACGGUUACCGCGCCGCGUGUUCAGCCUGGAGUCCAUAAGGCCCUCCAAGCGACCCCGCAGCAACCUCAUGACACCACCCCGAAUCGGGACGCACAACGGCACCUUCCACUGCGAUGAGGCUCUGGCGUGCGCGCUGCUACGCCUCCUGCCAGAGUACCACGAUGCAGAAAUUGUGCGGACUCGGGACCCCGAAAAACUCGCUUCUUGUGACGUCGUGGUAGACGUAGGUGGCGAGUAUGACCCUCAGAGACAUCGAUAUGACCAUCACCAGAGGUCCUUCACAGAGACCAUGAGCUCCCUGUCGCCUGGAAAGCCAUGGCAAACCAAGCUGAGCAGCGCGGGACUCAUCUACCUGCACUUUGGGCACAAGUUGCUGGCCCAGUUGCUGGGUACUAGCGAAGAAGACAGCACGGUGGGCACCCUCUAUGACAAGAUUUAUGAGAACUUCGUGGAGGAGGUGGAUGCAGUGGACAAUGGGAUCUCCCAGUGGACAGAAGGGGAGCCCCGGUAUGUGCUGACCACUACACUAAGUGCCCGAGUUGCUCGGCUUAAUCCCACCUGGAACCAGCCCAACCAAGACACUGAGGCUAGGUUCAAGCAUGCAAUGGACCUGGUUCAAGAGGAGUUUCUACAGAGACUAGACUUCUACCAGCACAGCUGGCUGCCAGCUCGGGCCUUGGUGGAAGAGGCCCUGGCCCAGCGAUUCCAGGUGGACCCAAGUGGGGAGAUAAUGGAACUGGCAAAAGGUGGAUGCCCCUGGAAGGAGCAUCUCUACAACCUGGAGUCUGUGCUGUCCCCACCAGUGACCAUUAUCUUUGUUAUUUAUACUGAUCAGAAUGGACAGUGGCGGGUACAGUGUGUACCCAAGGAGCCCCACUCGUUCCAGAGCAGGUUGCCCCUGCCAGAACCAUGGCGGGGUUUACGGGAUGAGGCUCUGGACCAGGUCAGUGGGAUUCCUGGCUGCAUCUUUGUCCAUGCAAAUGGCUUCAUUGGUGGGCACCGCACCCGAGAGGGAGCCUUGAGCAUGGCCCGUGCCACCUUGGCCCAACGCCCAGUGCCUAUGCCUCCCACAAAUCCCCUGGUCCAAUAAAGUUUAUUCCAACUCAU